AAUUACAUGAAAUAGUUCAUGGCUAUAUAACAUAGUGGAUAGAGUGCUUAAAACAAAUUAGAAUUUUUUUCCUCAAAUAUUUUAACUAUUUGGACCAUCAAUUUUACUAGAUGUAAAUAAAAUUCCCUUUUUUUCCGCAGAGAUCGGGAUGAAAAUUUUCAAUAGUUGUUAAAUGGUUUUCUGUCAUCAUUGACAGUGCCCUGCUUUGAAUUAUUGGGAAUGGGGACUGGUAUGCACUGGCGUGUCUGUCAUCCCCAUGUGAAGAAUGACAGGAAUCGGAUCACAGUUUCGAGCCCAAAGUCGAGAUUUCCUUUAAAUCGAAACUUAAAUUCAAAGAAACGCUCUCUUUGGGAAGGCCGGUUACAGAAUGUGCUUCACGAAAGAUAACGAUAGACGCUUUCUGCAUGUUUUUCGAGUGUGAACCGUUCAAUACCUAAUUCUGACCUGAAAAUCAAUCGCUGGAGUUCGCCAAAUAAAAUGCGUCUUAAGGAAGAUUCCUAUGUUGGCACGCCUUGGAUACAGCUCUAACAAUCGUUAGCCUUUGGUCAAAAAUGUCAAAUUGAAAGUCAAAUCUAAAAUAUGAUCCGCCGGUUUUAGGGUGAGUGACGUCCAAUUGAUUAGCUUGUGAAGCAUCCGUGAAGUACAAACUUAAUCAAUGCAUUGUCCAAUCGAUGCUUUCGCCUAGUUUAGCGACACUGUGGUUCACUUCUUUCAUGAGUUUCUGUUCUGUCUGAAUGUUUAAAUUUUGGUUACUGAAUUCUAAAAUGAUGUGCUAAGAUACAGCAGUGGUGCUUGGUUCGGAUUGUUUCAUUCUGAAACCCAUUUCCAGUUUUACAUUAUUUGAAGAUGGUUCCAUGGAAAUAAUUUGCAUUAAAAGAUGAACAGACGAUGACCAGUUGAACUCAACGGCACUUCGGCUUGUUUUCACUCAAUAAAAAAUGUGUAUAUAUCAUUCGCCGGUGGAAGAAGGCGCUGAAGUGACGAAAUCAUGACAUUGGAAUAAUCUUUCAAGAGUGUAAGCCUAUCCUAUUGGUUUAUUGUAAAUCACGAUGGCCGGACAAUUGACCACAACCUCCGCCCCUGCUGUUUCCACAUGGCUUGUGGACGUGAACACCACUCUAUGCGACAAUUGCACAAAUACCAAUGUCACGGUCGCUGCCCCGUACAGCCCACCCCACUCCUUGUGGUUGACAAUUUUACUGGGGGUUCUGGUGGCUUUCAUUGUGUUGAUAACGGUUGCUGGAAAUAUCCUUGUACUGCUUUCAUUUGCCUUGGAGCGGACGAUCCGUCAACCUACGAAUUAUUUUAUUGCUUCCCUGGCUGUCUCUGACUUGCUUAUCGGAACCUUUUCUAUGCCAUGUUUUACCUUGUAUCUGCUUCUAGGAUACUGGCCUCUCGGUGAGUUAGUAUGUGACUUGUGGUUAUCAUUGGAUUGGACCGUAUGUCUUGCCUCUCAAUACACUGUCUUCUUUAUUACGGUGGACCGAUUUUUUUCUGUCAAAAUUCCAGCCAAAUAUCGGACAUGGCGGACAGAGAAAAAGGUGAUUAUUAUGAUAUCAUUGACAUGGAUUUUUCCAACUUUGAUCUUCUUCACGUCCAUCGUUGGAUGGCAAUAUUUUGUUGGUGAGAGAACCGUGCAACCGGAUCAGUGUGAAGUACAAUUUAUGAGUGAUCCUUUGUUCACCUUUCUGUUAACAAUUGGUUACUACUGGACGACACUUGUCGUGAUGAUAGGACUUUAUGGUGCGAUCUACUACGUUGCUCUCACACUGCAGAGGAAAGCUGAAGCCAAGCACAAAAAGAUGACCACAGCCAUGGAACUAUCGAAAAACAAGGGCGCAUCUAAAUCUAUCCGUAUUACAUCAACAACAGGAAGUAAUACCCUUGGGACUGAAAAUAAUAACGGGAGAUCAAUGAGAGCAGACGAGUCCACGAGCUUUACGAAAGCUCCAGAGGAGGACCGUUCAAGUUCACCUGUAUUUGAAUCUGAUGAAGAAAAUAACAGUAGCCAGGGUGCUUGUGGAUUGUCGACGACGCAUUUCAAAAACCCCGAUGUUGAUGAUGACGAACAAACGUGCUUUGUUAACAGUGCAGUUCAAACAGACACAACAUAUCGGCCAUCUUUAAAAGGAAUGCUUGGAAUGUCAUUUAAUCAUGUUUCCAAAAUAGCAUUUACUAUCACCGGUACUUCUGGCUCUGAAACCGAAACAGAUGGGAACGAGGACAUAAACGCCACAAAAGCUUUAAUAGAAGAAGCCCCUCCAUCAUAUGAUGAAGUGAUCCCAGAGACAUACGAAAAGGUAUCAAAGCAAACCGAUAAAUUGCUUGAGAAUGAUUUAUUGCAAGGAUGUAAAUAUAUUGAGGAAGACAGCCUGAAAAAUCUCACGUCGAACGAAAAUCUGAAGAUAUAUCCUGAUGGAAGCAUAUCGUUUGAUGCAACCACAGAUGAACGAUGUUCGCCCGUUUGGAAACGAAGGGAAGGGCGCUAUUUACCCAUUCCAAAUACGGAGGGAUCAAGCAACACUAUAUCUACAAAUGCCGAGGGGGAUCCUAAUCAUGCGAACACUGAGGAGGGCAAAUCCACUAAAAAUCCAUCCAAUGGAACUUCAGCGUUGCAUUCACUUGACAUAAACCAUGAAAUGGAAGGAAACAGUGAUAACGAUGCUAAUAAAGAAAAGCCCAGUUUGAUGAGUCCUCUUCAUAAUCUAGUGCAAACUAUGCGCGAAAGGCGAAAACGAAGUAAGCGAACCCGCCAGAAGGUGAAUUCUAGAUCGGAAAACAGGGCCAGAAAAGCUUUGAGAACAAUUACAUUUAUUCUUGGAGCGUACAUUUUGUGCUGGACUCCUUAUCAUAUAAUGGUGUUAAUCAUUGGAGUUUGCGAUGACGGUUGGAACUGUGUGAACAUGAAAUUGUACCAGUUUACUUAUUGGUUAUGUUACCUCAACAGCCCAAUCAAUCCAUUCUGUUAUGCGCUAGCCAAUCAACAAUUUAAGAAAACCUUCCUUAGAAUUUUGAAAUUGGACUGUCACAAGACAUAACGAAAAGCGGAGAACUAUUUCGACUUUCAUAGAAUCUGUGAUGGUCCAUGGUUAGCUGAACAAUUAUUUAUCAAAAAUGCCUACAGAAGAGUCGAUUCAUUUAUCUGUCAGUUUCAUAUGAAAUAUCGAUAUUCAUUUCUAAGCUUCAAUGCCUUAACCCUCUGAAAAAUAUAACCCAGAAGCUUGAUACGCUGUAUUGUUUGCCUCUUUGAACUACAUGCAGGUUUUAUCAGGUCUUUUUUCCUCUGCAACCCCCCCCCCCCCCCCCCCGACUACUUUGAAAGCUUGUAUGUAAAUCAGUUGAAAAAUGCACGGAUUGAUGUACAUGCAUGGUCUUAUCAUGGCGUAUUUAGGCGAGACAUUGUUAAUGCUUGUGCAGUAAUCAACAUUAUCUGAGUAUGUAUCUACUUUUUUUGCUUUGAAAUUGUCUAAACGUUGAUGUCUAAAAUCAGAUGUUUUAUGAAAGUAGAGAGUAUGUUAUUGAAUUUAAUUUAGAUAAUUGGGAGACAGAAAUGUGUAUAUUAUAUACUUCAUAUAUAUCACUUUUCAUACAGCUGUUUGUAGCGUGUUUGGUUCUCAUAUAUUUUAUUAGAUGCAUUAGUAUUACUUAUCAUUUACAUAUUUGAUAGAUUCUACAGAGGGUACCCGGGCUUUUACCGAACCAUAAAAACCCACGCUGCAAAAGCCUGGGAACUACUCUUAAUGAUAUACUCAAUUGUGACGUCACGUCUGUUCACAAUAACACUUCGUCUGCUUCCAAAAUUGUAGACGUAUGGGCACUUCUAAAAUAAGGAAUAUACAGAUUUAGGGAUAUAUAUAUAUAUAUAUAUAUAUAUAUAUAUAUAGGGUCGGGUAUAUUUCUUUCACUAACAGACUUCUUUCACUAACAGACUAAGCAAUAUAGUAUUUUAUUUGCAUAACAGAUGUGGCAAUAUUGACACGAGACAAAACCUGCGCUGUAUACUUGAUUUAAUUCAUUAUAAUUUAACACAUUCUGAAAUUGCAUCGUAGAGUUAGCAGAUUUGAAAACUGAAUCAUUGGUGUAAAGUUUCUAGUGGGAUCUAAAAUUCCAUUUCAUAGUUAGCAUAAUAUUUCACAUUGACCUGUUGAUGUAAUAAUCACUCAUGUCCAGAAGUGGACAUUAAAUACUCGUUAACAAAGUGCAUGUAUCGAUUUAAUUAUAUUUUCAUGAUAGACUAAUUACAUUGUAACAUCUAUACAGCUGUACGUGCUGUAACUGUGUACACGAGACAUAUGAUUUCAUUCAUUGUAACAUCUAUACAGCUGUACGCACCUGCUGUAACUGUGUACACGAGACAUAUGAUUUCAUUCAUUGUAACAUCUAUACAGCUGUACGUGCUGUAACUGUGUACACGAGACAUAUGAUUUCAUUCAUUUACCCAUGCAACAUGUACAUGUAAGUCCGAAUUCUGUGACCAUUUUUUGUUAUUUACCAUUGUGUACAUAUGUGUGAGAAAAAUGUUGAACAAAGUUAUACAAUAAAUGUUUAUAUUAAA